UUGUUUCAGAAAUUACGAAAAAAUAACAAUACAUUAUGGUGGCAAAAAUGUUGCAGUAAAGGUAUUUAUUUGACAGAUGUUUGUGUUCCCAGUCGUUGUUCCAAUUCCACCAUUCAACUGUGUUGUGUUCAAAAAUUUUUACAGGCUCGAUACAGAUGUUGCAACAAUGAAUCACAGAACGUAAUGCGUCCGACAGAUUCGUUCAGUAAAUGUUGCUACGAAAACUUUGUGGAUACUGAGAUGAAGAAGAAUGCGGAGGAGAGGAAAUGGAAGGCAAGAGAGGAGAAGGAGGGAGAGAGGGGAAGAGGUGAAAAUCAGGAUACUUGCUGCCCGCUAUCAGCGACAAAACGUUACUGGCCUUUAACUGCUGAACUAUGCCUACCGAAUGUCUCCGUCAAUUUGACAGAAAUCAAAAUUGAAGCUAAGAUUAGCGAUUCAGAACAAAUUGUUGUUAAUCUGGAUGAAGACCGAUCUUGGGACUAUAAAUGCACUUACGGCACUUCUGUUAUGCAGUUCAUCUAUUUACCAGACACUGAUAAAUUUUAA